UCAGAAACAGGGGACGUGGUAGAGGUACGGAUACGCAUAGGAGCCAAACCACGCCGCCACGACGAUAUGAUGCGCUAAAGUAACCAGCUUCUUCUUCAUCGCAAGGAUCUGAGCCCGGCGCACUGGCAGUCCGGGGUUGUUGAACAUUUCACCUUCACCAGGGCACAUGGCUCCUGGUCUCCCCGUCAUCGCAACUCCUAGACCCCCGACUCCGCCAACGAUUGUCGCUCCAACCGACGGCAGCGACUUACAGGACUCUCCCGGGGAUGAGAGUUACCCAGCGACCGCCACAACCACGAUCACGACCACAUCGCACAAUUCUCAUGCGGGCAGCGGCAGUUCUCUCCUACACCCCCAAUCCCACCUCCUACGGCCGCUGACAUCCACGCCUACCUUCGCCAUGUCAGACGAGACGGUUGCGGAGGGCGCCCCUCUUGCCUCCAAUCCGUUCAACUUCCAGACCCAGGUCAUCUCUACUUCUCCGGUGAAGUCUAACAUCGGCCAGCGUCGCGGCCACCGUUACAAACACUCGUCCAUCAGCGCCCAACACCAGAUCUUCCAAGAGCCGCCUCCACGGCCCCCACCCGUCCUCCCCGCCUCGCUCCCUGUGCCGACCGUCGGCGAGGCCUGGGCCAGCAUGCAGCGCGACCAGCGGGCGCGGCUAUACUGGUGCUGCUGCCACGCGGCCGUGGCCAUGUACGUCUUCUUCAGCGCCGAGGGCUCGCUGGCCCUGACGGCGCUCAGCCACCUCGUCUUCUUCGACGUCGGCAGCGCAGCUGUGUGCGUGGCCGUCGAGCUGCUGGGCAACUUUGAGGUGUGGCGCCGCUCCUCGAUCCGCCACCCCUUCGGCCUCCAGCGCGCCGAGGUCCUCGCCGGCUUCGCCAUGAGCGUCUUCCUCAUCUUCGGCGGCUUCGACCUCCUCAGCCACGAGAUGAAGCACGUCCUCGAAUCCGUCGGCGGCCACGCGCCCCACCACCCGCACUCCCAUCCCAAGGCCCCGAGGGUCAGCCCCGGCACCGUCGACACCGCCAGCCUCGCCGCCAUCGUCUCCACCCUGAUCAGCGCCUACGGGCUGCGCAACCACGGCCGCAUCCGGAGGGUCAUGCGAGUGCCCCUGCCGCUGCCCUUCCUGGGCCAGCUCCUGCCCUCCUUCGCCGACGGUGGCAUGGGCGUCGUCGCCAACCCCUUCCACUUCCUGACCCUCUGCUUCAGCUCCAUCAUGCUCCUGCUGCCCCUCCUGAGCGUCACAAACUUCGCCUGGCUCGACGGCGCCAUCUGCGCCGCCAUCGCCGUCUCCAUGUUCGUCCUCGGCGCGAGGCUGGCCGUCGCCCACGGCCUGAUGCUCCUGAUGAGCUACAGCGGCCGCAAGGGCGGCGGAAAACCCGCCGGCGCCAGCAGCAACAGCAGCAGCAGCCGCAUCUCCCCCGCCGACUUGGGGCCAGGCGGCCAGACGAAGAAAUCCGACGAUACCCGCGCGUGCGACGAUGACAGCAACAGCAGUAGCAGCGUGUCGGCGGUGGUGCGCGAAAUCGAGGCGGAGCCCGACGUCGCGCGCGUCGAGGAGGCGCAGUUCUGGCAGGUGCACUACGGGCUCGCCAUGGCGAACCUGAAGCUGCGCGUCGUCCGGGGCCGCGGCGGCGCCGACGACGCCGACGGCGCGCUGAGCAAGCUGCGAGCCCGCGUCGCGAGGGUCGUCAACAAUCGCCUCGGCGAGGGCUACGGCCGCGGCUCCAGCCUGAGGUGGGAGGUCACUGUGCAAAUGAGUACGGAUGGGGGCUGAAACUUGGGCCGGGGGGCGGGGUUCUUGCGGGAGGGCAUUUGAGCGUGAUUUUAGAUGGGACCAUCGCCAUUUUACGAAUGCG